GUUUAAACAAAAUAAAGCCAUCAUAUCCUGAAGACAGUGAAUUAGUUGGGAGCUUCCUGACAUGGAGAAACUGAUACGGGUCAUCCUCAUUUUAAUUGACUUCAUAUUGCUUAUUACCUGCAGUGAAGCAGAUUUUUAUUUUGUAUCAACCCCCAUGUCAUGGAAUGCGGCUCAGACCUUCUGUAGAAGUAACAACUCGGAUCUGGUGACUGUUACAAAUCAAGAGAUGAAUCAGCAGCUGUCAAACAUUUCAAAAAACUAUCCUCAUAAUUAUUAUGAUUUCUGGAUUGGGCUCUAUCAUGAUAUAGACUUCUGGCAGUGGUCCAAUGGAGAAAUCCCAAAUUAUUACAACUGGAAAAGGAACUUCUUUUGUGUUUAUGCACAGAUGGACGGCUCCUGGAUGGAUUCAACCUGUGAUGUUUUGAUGCCUUUCAUGUGCUACAAAGACACCAAUAAUAUGAAUAGGAGCUAUUUCUGGAUAAAUGAGAUGAAGACCUGGAGCAGCGCUCAGGAUUACUGUCGGCUGAAUUACAAAGACCUGGUCAGUAUAAGGAAUGAGAGUGAAAACCAGAAAAUAAUGAAGACAGCACAGGGAGGCAACUUCUGGAUUGGCCUGUUCAAUAAUCAAUGGAAAUGGUCUGAUGGAGGAAAUUCAACCUUUCAAAACUGGGAUCAAAACUUCCAAGUACAAGAUCACAGUGAACAAUGUGGGCUUAUUACUCCAAAUGGAAAGUGGUCUACCUUUCACUGCGGGGCUCUGUGGCCCUACGUCUUCUGCAGUAACAAAUCCUGUGGGCCUCUCUCUUGCAAUACAACAUAUCUGUUUAUAUCAAAUCGGAUGAGCUGGUAUGAUGCCCAGAGGUAUUGCAGAUCACACUACACAGACCUGGUCACUAUUGAAAAUCAAACUGUGAAUGACCAGCUUUUACAAAUCCCUGGACAAACAGACGGAUGGAUUGGGCUCCAACAUAGAAAUGACACUUGGCAAUGGUCCAAUGGAGACCAGCUGACCUACAGUUACUGGAAUCCAAGGCUUUACUGUGCUCAGGUUCAACCAGAUGGCUCAUGGGCAGAUUCCAUUUGUGCUUACCAAAUCCCUUUCAUGUGCUACAAGGAAACUAGUAACACAAGUGAGAGGUAUGUCUGGAUCAAUGAAAGAAUGAACUGGUCCAGUGCUCAGAACUACUGCCGAGUGAACUACAAUGACCUGGUUAGUAUAAGGAAUGAAAGUGAAAAUCAGGAGAUAAUGAAGAAGGCACAGGGCAGUCCAUUCUGGAUUGGCUUGUUCAACAUCCCUUGGAAAUGGUCUGAUGGAGGGACAUCAACAUUUAAUGCCUUCAGUGGUACCUUGUAUGAGAACUGCUGGGUUGAACAGAAAUGCUGUGUAGCUGGUACACAGGAUGGAGAAUGGAAUGAGAUUGACUGCAGACAUUCCAUUCCCUUCUUCUGCAGUAAAACAAGGAAUUUUGUGAAUACACAUUACCCGGUAUAUGCAGGAAAAGAAACAAAAAGGGUGUCUCUGAGAAUCAGUUUUGAAAGUCAGACCAAUGCAGAUGUCCAAAUUUUCAGUGAUAACAUCUUAAAUGAGUUAAAGAAAUAUAUUCCCCAACAGACUCUAAUGAACAGCAAUAUUUUUUGGGUGAAGAGUGACGAAGGUGUAAUUUUUACAAAAGAAAAGAAUAAAGGAGCAACCUAAAGGGUUAUGUGGUUCCUAUGGAAGAGUGACAUUCCCCCUGAAGUACAAUUAUUUUGUGUUAAGUAUGUUUAAAGCUUAUGCUCUUUCUGAAUAUAUAACUGAAGUAAUCUUUACACAAUUUUGAAUAAAAGAUUAAAUUAAGAUGCUUGAAUUUUAUGUGCCAUUUAGAAUAUUAUGAGUUUUAAGCCUGUAGUAGAAAACACAAAACUGUCAUAUUCAUAGUUGUUAUGGGUAUCUGUAUAUCACUUUUUAUUCUACUUUGCCAAGUUGUACAA